AUGGCCUCCUCCUCCUACCUACCGGUGUCGACAAAAGACCUCGAUGCCUCGUUACCGCAUCCGGCCCCUUCGCCGCAAGCGCCGCGAUCGAAUGCGCCGGCGGCCCACAUGGCGACCACAACUCUGAAAGUCGAAGGCAUGACCUGCGGUGCGUGUACAUCAGCUGUGGAGGGCGCGUUUAAAGAAGUCGACGGCGUUGGCAGUGUAUCUGUCAGUCUAGUCAUGGAGCGCGCAGUGGUCCACCACGACCCCACCAAAGUGUCCGCCGAAUAUGUAAAGGAGUUGAUAGAGGAUCGAGGAUUCGAUGCAGAAGUGCUGUCCUCGGAUAUCCCACAGGUAUCGACAGACAAUGAGGGCGACUGCGUGAGCGAAGAGGAGCAGGACACCCAAGGGCCACGGCAUUCCACGACUACCCUGUCGGUUGGGGGAAUGACCUGCGGCGCAUGCACUUCGGCAGUCCAGGGCGCUUUCAAGAAUGUACCAGGCGUUAUAUCAUUUAGUAUAUCCCUGCUAUCGGAACGAGCGGUAAUCGAGCACGACCAGGCAAUACUCAGCGCGGAGCAGAUUGCGGAUAUUAUUGAGGAUACCGGUUUCGAUGCAACAGUCCUGGAGACGAAGGAUGCCUCUUCACCUGCCGCGUCCAAGACGCGCACGUCUACAACUGCAAAGCGGCGGCAAGUCCUCACGACCACGGUUGCAAUUGAAGGCAUGACAUGCGGCGCCUGUACGUCUGCAGUAGAAGGCGGCUUCAAAGAUGUGGAUGGGGUCCUACAAUUCAAUAUCAGCCUGCUGGCGGAGCGUGCAGUCAUUGUCCACGAUCCCUCAAAACUCUCAGCCGCUCAGAUUGCAGAGAUCAUCGAGGACCGUGGCUUUGAUGCGAAGAUCUUGUCAUCAGCCGAUGGCGCAUCCCAAGUUUCCUCUACGAACGCCACCGUCCACCUCAAGAUAUAUGGCAUGCCAGAUACCAAAUCGGCGCUCGACUUGGAAUCCUCCCUGAAAUCGAUGUCCGGCAUCAUCUCCGCUGCAGUAAACUUCUCUACUUCACGCGCUGCAAUCACGCACACCCCUUCGAUAAUCGGCCUCCGAGCAUUAGUGGAAGCCACAGAAGCCGCAGGCUACAAUGCACUUGUCGCCGAUGCAGACGACAACAAUGCACAGCUCGAAUCCCUUGCGAAAACGAAAGAGAUCCAAGAGUGGCGGAGAGCUUUUAUUACUUCAGCUUCAUUCGCAUUGCCAGUGUUUCUGACGAGCAUGAUCUUCCCUAUGUUCCUACCGUUCCUCGAUUACGGCAGCAUCAAGGUGUUUCGUGGCCUCUGGUUGGGCGACGUUGUCUGUCUAUUUCUUACCAUACCUGUCCAGUUCGGCAUCGGCAAGCGAUUCUACAAAUCCGCAUUUCGAUCGUUGCGACACGGGGCACCCACCAUGGACGUCCUCGUCGUGCUUGGCACAUCGGCGGCCUUCUUCUUCAGCGUAGCAGCCAUGAUCGUUUCACUCCUAACCCCGCCACAUACUCGACCAAGCGUGGUGUUCGAAACAAGCACCAUGCUCAUCACCUUCAUCACCCUCGGCCGGUACCUCGAGAACAGAGCCAAAGGCCAGACCUCUAAGGCACUGUCGCAUCUCAUGUCUCUCGCGCCAUCGAUGGCAACCAUCUACGCAGAUCCUAUCGCCGCAGCCAAGGCCGCAGAGAACUGGGACGGUUCCGCCGAUCUUACCGAGAAGGUCAGCGCCAACAGCGAACAAACAGGCGUCGCGUCCGAGGAAAAGGUAAUUCCGACUGAAUUGAUCGAAGUCGGCGACAUCGUGAUCCUCAAACCGGGUGAUAAGAUCCCUGCAGACGGCACCGUCCUCCGUGGCGAGAGCUACGUGGAUGAGAGCAUGGUGACCGGCGAAGCGAUGCCAAUUCUGAAGAAGAAGGGCCAACUGCUCAUGGCUGGAACGGUCAAUGGCGCCGGACGCGUUGACUUUUUUGUCACUCGCGCCGGCCGCGACACGCAGCUCAGCCAGAUCGUCCGGCUGGUGCAGGAAGCGCAGACGAGCCGGGCGCCGAUACAGCGUACGGCUGAUGUUGUUGCUGGAUAUUUCGUUCCGAUCAUCAUCACGCUAGGCUUCGCGACAUUCGUGGCGUGGAUGGUGCUGAGCCAUGUCCUGCCUACUCCGCCUCCUGUCUUCCUAAGCGAAGCCAGUGGUGGCAAGAUCAUGGUCUGCGUCAAGCUCUGCAUCUCUGUCAUAGUGUUUGCCUGCCCUUGCGCAUUAGGCCUAAGCACGCCGACUGCUGUCAUGGUCGGCACAGGCGUGGGCGCUGAACACGGUAUUCUUGUCAAAGGCGGCGCAGUCCUCGAGACCGCCACCAAAGUCUCGCACAUUGUCUUCGACAAGACCGGCACCCUCACCGUCGGCAAAAUGAGCGUCUCAAACACCGACCUCUCAAGCGACUGGGCCUCCGACGAGAAGCGCGCCCAGCUCUGGUGGAUGCUGAUCGGGCUCGCCGAAAUGGGCAGCGAGCACCCGAUCGCGAAAGCCAUCGUGCUCGCCGCCAAGAACCACCUCGGUCUCGGUCCCGACGGCGCCCUCGACGGCAGCGUCGGAGACUUCGAGGCCGUGGUCGGCAAAGGCAUCGCCGCGACCGUCGAAGCCGCCAUCUCGCCUUCCCGCCAACGCCACCGCAUCCACAUCGGCAACGCCGCGUAUCUCCGCUCGCAAAGCAUCGCCGUGCCUUCCUCCUCCACCGACCCAGCCUCCAUCUCCUCCUCAGACCUCCCAGACCCUGCAUCCUUCUCCCUCGACAACGACCACCAAGCCGCCCCAAAACCCUCCGACGCCAUCUCAGCCGGCACAACCGCCAUCCACGCCGCCAUCGACGGCGUCUAUACCGGCCGUCUCGCCCUCUCCGACACGCUCAAGCCCACCGCGCGCUCCACCAUCCUCGCCCUCGCCCGCCUCGGCAUCACCGCCUCGAUCGUGACAGGCGACCAGCUGGCCCCCGCCCUCGUCGUCGCGCGCCAGGUCGGCAUCCCCGCUGAGCACGUCCACGCAGGCGCCACGCCGGCCGACAAGCGCGCCAUCAUCGAGAGGUUGCAGAAGCCUAGAAGCGAAGGUGGCAUGGGCGAGACGGUCGCAAUGGUUGGAGAUGGCAUCAACGACUCUCCCGCUUUGGCUACCGCCUCCAUCGGCAUCGCGCUGGCGAGCGGGACGGACGUCGCGAUGGAAGCGGCGGACAUCGUGCUCAUCAAGGACGGGGACCUAUUAGCCGUGCCGGCUGCGUUACAUCUCUCCCAGACGAUAUUUCGCCGCAUCAAGGCGAAUCUGCUGUGGGCGACGAUCUAUAAUGCCGUCGGGCUGCCGUUCGCGAUGGGGGUGUUUUUGCCGUGGGGAUUGAGUUUGCAUCCUAUGGCUGCCGGGGCGGCGAUGGCGUGUAGUAGUGUUAGUGUUGUGCUUAGUAGUUUGGCGCUGCGGUGGUGGAGGAGGCCGGUGUGGAUGGCUGAGGGGUUUCAGGGUGAUAUACUUGGCGGUGGGAUGGGUGGUAGAAGUUGGAUAAGGGGCGUUACUGGAGCUUUUGGUGGGAUGUUUGGGGGAAGGAGAAAGAGCCGGGAUAGGGGCGCUUAUGUCCCGUUAAGGGAUAUUGGGGAGGUGUAG